GAGCAGAGCCGGGAGAGGGGCGCGGAGGGCACCGCAGCUCGCAGGGGCGCCCCGGCCCUGCCCGCCCCGCCCCGCCCCGCCCUGCCCUGCCCUGCCCUGCCCUGCCCGCGGCGGCUCCCCGCUCCGGUCCUUCCACCAUGCACUUGCUGGGCUGCUUCUCUCUGGCGUGUUCGCUGCUCGCCGCUGCGCUGCUCCCGGGACCGCGCGAGGCGCCCGCCGCCGCCGCCGCCGCCGCCUUCGAGUCCGGACUCGGCUUCUCGGACGCGGAGCCGGACGGGGCCGAGGUCAAGGCUUAUGCAGGCAGGGAUCUAGAGGAACAGUUGCGGUCUGUGUCAAGCGUCGACGAACUCAUGUCUGUACUCUACCCGGAUUAUUGGAAAAUGUACAAGUGUCAGUUAAGGAAAGGAGGCUGGCAGUACAAUAAAGAACAGCCCAAUCUGAACACAAGGACAGAAGAGACUAUAAAGUUUGCCGCAGCUCAUUAUAAUGCAGAAAUCCUGAAAAGUGUUGAUAAUGAGUGGAGAAAGACACAAUGCAUGCCGCGGGAGGUGUGUAUAGAUGUGGGGAAGGAGUUUGGAGCAGCCACAAACACCUUCUUUAAACCUCCAUGUGUGUCCGUCUACAGAUGUGGAGGCUGUUGCAACAGUGAGGAGCUGCAGUGCACGAACACCAGCACGGGCUACCUCAGCAAGACGUUGUUUGAAAUUACAGUGCCUCUCUCUCAAAACCCCAAAGCAGUAACAAUCAGUUUUGCCAAUCACACUUCCUGCCGAUGCAUGUCUAAACUGGAUGCUUACAGACAAGUUCAUUCCAUUAUUAGACGUUCCCUGCCAUCAGCAUUGCCACAGUGUCAAGCUGCCAACAAGACUUGCCCCACAAAUUACAUGUGGAAUAAUCACAUCUGCAGAUGCCUGGCUCAGCAAGAUUUUAUUUUCUCCUCAAGUGCUGGAGAUGAUGGAUUCCAUGACAUCUGCGGACCCAACAAGGAGCUGGAUGAAGAGACCUGCCAGUGUGUAUGCAGAGGGGGCCUUCGGCCUUCUAGCUGUGGACCCCACAAAGAAAUAGACAGGAACUCAUGCCAAUGUGUUUGUAAAAACAAACUUUUCCCCAGCUCGUGCGGAGUCCACAGGGAAUUUGAUGAGAACACAUGCCAGUGUGUAUGCAAAAGAACCUGCCCAAGAAAUCAGCCACUAAAUCCUUUAAAAUGUGCCUGCGAAUGUACAGAAAGUCCACAGAAAUGCUUGCUACAAGGAAAGAAAUUCCAGUAUCAGACAUGCAGUUGUUACAGAAGACCUUGUACAAAUCGCCUGAGGCAUUGUGAGCAGGGCCUUUCCUUCAGUGAAGAAGUCUGUCGCUGUGUCCCUUCGUACUGGAAAAGAACACAUGUGAACUAAGAUUGGACUGUUGUCCAGUUCAUCAUUUUUCUACCCUGAAAAAAACAAAAAACAAAAACAAACACUGUUACCACAUUGGAACUGUCUGUGAACAGAGAGACCUUGUGGGACCACAGUAACAAAGAUAAAAUUCUGUUUUUUUUUUCUGAACCAUGUGGAUAAUUCCUCAGAAAUGGACUGAAGCUCAACUGUCAAAGGCCUCUUUUAAAGACUGGUCUUCUGCCAAUGACCAAACAGCUGAGAUUAUGUGAUUUUUUAAAAAAAAGAAAAAAUAAUGACUAUAUAAUUUAUUUCCACUAAAGAUAUUGUUUCUGCAUUCAUUUUUAUAGCAAUAACAAUUGGUAAAGCUCACAGUGAUCAAUAUUUUUAUAACAUGCAAAUAUGUUUAAAAUAAAAUGAAAAUUGUAUUAUA